AUGUCUGCUUCAGCCAUAAAGAAUGUUGCGGUGGUCGGUGCACGCGGCAAUGUUGGUAGAUCCACGGUCAAGGUCUUGUCAGAAAAUGGAUUCCAAGUCACAGGCCUCGGCCGCAGCAGCCCUGGACAUAACAUCCCAACGGGCGUGAGCUUCAUCACCUCCGACUAUUCUGCAGCCUCCUUUCUCGAGGCCUUCAAAGGCCAAGACGCAGUCAUCAGCACGCUGUCCAGCACCGGUCCGGGCGCACUCGACCUCCAGAAGACCGUGAUCGAUGCCGCCAUCGCGUCAGGUGUCAAGAUGUUCUUCUCCUCCGAGUUCGGCGUGGAUACCUCGGAUCCCUCGUCGCCCGAUUUCAUCCCUUUCCUCGGCGGCAAGAUCGAAAUCCUCGACUACCUCAAGGAGCGGCAGGAUAAGAUCUCGUGGGUCGCUCUCAUCACGGGCAUGCUGUUCGACUGGGGGCUCAACAUCCCGGGUUUCGGUGGAUGGGAUCUGAGUGCACGUACCGCUACGAUCUACGACGGGGGCGACAUCCCCUUCGAGGCUACGACCCUGGACCAGGUGGGCAGGGCCAUCGCCCAGAGCCUGAAGAACCCGGAGCUCACGGGGAACCAGUUCGUCUACGUGAACAGUUUCACCCUGACGCAGAAUAAGGUUCUGAAAGCCCUCGAAUCGGUCACUGGUGAGAGGUUCACCGUGUCACACAGCACUGUAAAUGAGCUCUGGCAGGGCGGGGCCGCGCAGUUGAAGGAAGGGAACGGAAUGGGGGUGUUGCCAAUGAUCGCCGCGACUGUUUACGGAAAGGGAGGAGGGCUGGCGAACUACUCGAAGAACCGAGGUUUGUGGAACGAGAAGAUUGGCUUGAAGCAGGAGAACCUGGAGGAGGUGCUCAAGAGCUUGGUCGCGGGGCCCAAGUGA